GCGCAGUACACGUGGAUUUAGCAACGAGAACAUAAACAUUGACAAUGGCUGACUGUUGGAAAAGCUGAUAAAAUAGAAGCUGCUUUAAAAAACCUGGAUUUAUUUAUGGUUCUGCUGCUUUAAAGCUUUCAAAAUGGUGUUAAUGACAAUGAUAGGCCGGGCCAGGGAUGGCCUGCCUUUGGCUGCAUCUAUGCAAGCAGAUGAGCAAGUAGGUCUAAUAUAUAUUAAUUUGAUAGGUUGCUUUGUAUAAAAAUAUUGCACUAAUUAAAGUCCCUAAUGCACGCAGGCUUCUUAAUCUUUGUUAUAUCACUCCUUUCACGAUAAACUCUUGGUAUUCCAGUGAUCCACUGAGCCCAAAAAUUAACCUUGUGUUCUUGUAUGCCGCUAUAAAUGUUCACUGCAAAUUGAAAGAGCUAGAACUACCUGAUAUAUACAAGCAAAACUUCGCUUCAAGAGCCUUGAAACGUCGAAGUUCUGCUUGUAUCCUUUCUCAAUCCCUAGCUUUCUUGUUAUCGUCGCUACCUCCAUUGGCACCGACCAGACUGGAAAGUUUGGAAAUUGCGCGUCCGAGAUUAAAAAAAUUUAACAGUAAAUACAUUGGGAACAUCAAAACUGCCCACCCGAGAUCUUGGCUGCACAUUCCAAACUUUCCAGACUGGGGCACCGACCUUUCAAAAUUAUAGGGACUAUUGUGGACCAUUAGAUGUCCAGUUUACUAAAAAAGGUCAGUUUUCAUCCCAAAUAUUUAACAACUGCAGAUUCUGAGCUAAUCCCCACCUUGGCCUGUUUGCAGAACAAGUCUACGAAGUGGGAUCUUUUUUUGUCAGUUGGCACCUUAACUUGUGAAACUGUUUAAAAUAAGAAGUUUUGUAAGAGCUAGGCUGAUGCGAUAUUAAAAAAAAUCAAUAUAUAAACAAAUAUUGAUAAUAUUGACUAUAUCUAAUUAUGCAAAGAUCGCACCAUGAACAGUAGAAAAGAAAUUUCGAUAUGCAAAGAAUCGAAUAUCGACAUUCUUGAAACGUAGAUAUUUGUCAAAAAUAUCGAUAUAUCACAUCGGCCUAGUAAGAGUAAAAUCCAUUUCAAAUGAAUGCUAAAACAUAUUCCUAUUCUAAUAUUCAACUAGUCUGGAAGAGAGUUCCAAGAUUAUCAAGCGCAAGCAAAGCAGAUUUUUAGAAAACUUAGUGACCGAUCACCGGCUCGUUGUAACAUUGAAACUGGCAGCAUGAUGUUUCAGUAAGUGUACAUGACUUUAUAUUACUCUUCCGACACAACGUUGAAUGUUAUGCCCAAAUUAGUUACCGUGCCCAAAAUACAAGACCUAUGCAAUUGUAAAGCGUUGAGUGCAUAACUUGGUGGUUAUCAACUUCAGAAAUGUUCUUGACAAUUAUAGGAGCAAGGGAAUUAAACUAUGUCUCUCAAUUUUAUCCUCAGGGCACAAAAUAACGACCGAUCAACGAUCGGCAGGCAGGGUGUUAGCCAGGUGGCCGUCCGACCGUCCUAUGGACGGCCACUUCUGAAUUUGGACGGCUAAAUUUUAAUGCACAGCCCAAGGGAAUAUUUUCUUGAAUACUUUGUGCCAUAUUUUUGUAACCAUUUUGAUGAUUCUCGCAUGAAGUAUCAAGUAGAAUAAUGUGAAACCGCUGUUUUAAAAAACAGCAAUCAUUUUAUCGCUCAAGCGCCAUGUUAUAGUUACGGUAGUGAUCAUACCAUAUGUGUGUUUUACUAAUUUAAUGACGGAAAUGUGCAUCUAAAACUAAAAGUAAAAAGGUUCAACGAAUAAAACACCACAAUUCCUCAACAACAGAAAAUUGUGGUCAUGCCCAAAAACAUGUGACCACGCCCACAAAAAUAUGUGACCACGCCCACAAAAUUAUUUUGGACGGCCACUUUUGAAAUCCUGGCUAACACCCUGUCGGCAGGAAAUUGCUUUUGAUCAGCAGAGAAGCAAGGUUGCCGAUCAACUUGAUCGGCAAGAACCAUUGUCUUAAUGUUGUUAAUGAACACCAUGCAAUACUACAGCAUUAUCACAGAACAUAUAAACAGAACGUAUCCUAUACUGAUUGGCCAGAUUUUCAUUUGAUCAGCAGAAAAUCAUGUAAUUUUAUCUCUUGCAGUUACGUUAUAGAAAAUGGCGUAUGCUACCUCACACUUACAGAAAAGAUGUUCCCAAGCAGACUGGCAUUUGGUUUUCUUGAGGACAUCGCCAAGGAAUUUUGGAAGCAAUAUAGUUCUGAAAUACCAACAGUCGUUCGGCCUUAUUCAUUUAUUGAGUUUGGUAGGUUGCUUGAGGUUUCAUUGGGUCACUCAAGAAAACAUCCAUACCCCCAGAGGAAAUUGGAAGUUAACCCCCUACCCCCUUUGGAUGUCCUAAUACACUUACUAUUAUCAAAAACUAAUUUUACUAACUGUAGUAAUACUGGCUCAAUAAGAGAUGUCCCUCGCUGGACCUCUAAAGAGAACAGUUUAGAACUGAUAGAGCUAUCCAGUGUAUAUCAAUAAAGUUAGUUUAGUUUAGGUUUCCUCCUGUAGUAACACUGGAUCAAUAAGUGAUGGUGCUUUUCAAGAAACAGUUUCGAACUGAUCUAAAGCUAUCUAUUAUAAAUAAGGAAAGAAUAUUACUUCAUUCAAUAUCAAAUUGUGAGCUAUGCUUUGCAGAUAAUUACAUUCAAAAAGUGAGGAAAAAUUUCAUGGACUCAAGGUCGCGUAGGAAUAUAAAUAGACUAAAUGAUGAGCUACAUGACGUGCAAAGGAUCAUGGUCCAAAAUAUAGACGAAGUUUUACAAAGAGGAGAAACUUUAACAGGUGAAAUAUUCAGGAAAUAAAUUGUCAUAAAUUAACUUCGAAAAUGUGAACAAUCUACAUUGGGCAGAAUUUGUGUGUGUUCACACUACGCCCUUACAGUUUGUUUACAAAUUAAAUUAGCACUCAUGUAAACCCAAAAUAUCUCAAAUAAGAGCAAAGAAAUUUGAACGAAAAGCAUUCGACAAAAAUUUUCUGCAGACCAACGGAGUAUUUUUGUGCUAAAUCUGCAUGUGGAUAAACAUAUAGUGUUCUAGCUGACCAUGGUUUUAAAUUCAAGGAAUGUCUGUCAACCAUACGUUGUUGCGCCCAUAGUGGUACAUGGAUGUUAAGGUUUCCUUCAAAUUUUCAAUAGCAAAUCUUCAUUCAAACGAAUUUCCUGCAGCUGUUUAACAUUUCCUGCGAGCAGUGCUCGCGUGCUCGCCUAUUUUCCCACCCCUGGUGCUAUAUAUAUAUAUAUAUAAUGAAAAGAAUUAACAUUAUUCUACUAUGACAGCUGUAAGAUUUCCAGCUAUUUACGCGUAAUGUUUUCUACUCUUUCAGAAUUAGAUGACAAAGCUGGCAAACUAAAGUAUCAGUCGGGAAAAUACAAGUCAGACGCACAGUAUUUAAAUCUACGAACUGCUUACGCAAAAUAUGCCGCCGUUGCAAUCGUUUUACUCAUUUUCAUCAUUUACGUUAGAUACUGGCUGUUUUAACAAUAUCACGUCGCAGAGCAGACAUUGCAGAAAAUAUAUAAAUUGAUAUAUAAAUUACACAAACAUGCAUACGAAAUAGGUCGUUGAUUUUAAAACUUUAGCUUGCUACACGCGUACAAAUUUCAACAAGAUGUGUUCGCACUGCUUGUCCCCACUUGGUAACAAGCCUGCAACACCUUGUCAUCAUCUUGUAACAAGCUUGAUGAGGCCAACACAAGCUCGCAACAUGUUGUUCUAACAAGUCUGAUAUCGUCUGCACGUAACAAGUUGAUGACAACAAGCUCGUAGCAACUUGUUACGAACAGCCUGUAUUAGUCUUGUUGAAACAACUUGUAGCAAGCCUGUUACCAUCAUCAACCUUGUAACAAGGUGAUAACAACUUGUUCCAAACUUGUCACAACUACUACCUAGGAACAAGCAACUGAGGCUAAUCAACAAUGUUUUGAUCAAUGUGCCCAAUUGAAUUAUAACAGAGACGGAUAACGGAUUAUCCAUCUUAGUGUGAACUGCCGAGAUAGAAUAGUGCGAUCUGUUAACUGGCUAUGGUUCUGAACGCAAUUGUGUCUGAGUAGAUAAACAAGCAUCUAUUUUGUCUUCACUGAUAAUCCGUCAAUUUGCUGCCCUUUCACCAUAUUCAUGUACUUCUAUAGUAGUUUAAAAAACGUUGAAAUUAUAAUGCUAUAUAUUACGUCAUAUUGUUAUUGUUCGCAGAAAAAAUUGUAAUGACAUUU